CAGAGGGACGGGGCGAGGGCCAGGCAGCGCCCGGGGAGAGCUCCCCACGCUCGGCGCCUCUCCAGGCCCUGGCAGAGGCUCUCCAGGCUCUGAAAGAAGCUUUCCGCCACCGCCACAGAGCCUCUCCAGCCCCUCACAGGGAUUCUCCGCCAUCACAAGAGGCUUCCCGGAGCUCUGACGAGAGGCUCCCCACCACCACAGAGCUUCUCCAGCCAGCCCCUCAUUCCGCUCCCACCCUCCCGCCCGCCGCCCAGCACUUACCCCCAGAAGGCAAACUUUCAGCUCCCUCAGAGCCAUGGCCGGGCAGGCAGCGCCUUCAGCGAGCGCCUGAGACGCGGCCCAGCACGAUCAUCGCCGUCCCCGCGGCGGCCGCCCCCCGCCCGCCCCAGUUACCCGCACACCGCGCUCCUCCUCAGGCUGCGCGGACGCGCCGCCAUCUUGGGCGGCCGCCGGAGUCCCCGCCCGUGCCCCCCGCUCGGUGUUGUCCCCCUUGGGCGCUGAGGGACCACUCGACCCCCGGCAGCCGCUGCUCCUUCACCCGGUGGCGUUUCGGGGCUGACCCGGCGACAGGAAGCACCCGCGGCUCCUCCCUGUGCCCUCCCGCUCCUCCUCCUCGCCCAUGUCCAUUCCAAGAUGGCCGGGAUCCCUUUGUAUUUUGUGGAUUUGCAGGAUGACUUAGAUGAUUUUGGCUUUGAAGAUUAUGGACCAGACUGUGAUAGCAUGAGGAUAACAGCAUUCUUGGAUAUUCCUGGACAGGAUAACUUAACUCCACUGGCUCGUCUAGAGAAAUAUGCCUUCAGUGAUAAUGUAUUUAACAGGCAAAUUAUUGCCAGGGGUCUUCUGGAUGUCUUUCGAGAUUUCAGUAACAAUGAAGAAGACUUUCUGACUGUAAUGGAAAUAGUGGUCAGGCUCUCUGAAGAUGCAGAGCCAACUGUUCGCACAGAGCUGAUGGAACAGAUUCCUCCUAUUGCCAUCUUUCUACAAGAAAGUCGACCAAAAUUCCCAACAGCAUUUUUUGAAUACCUUAUGCCCAUAGUACUGAGGUACCUCACAGAUGUUAACAAUCAGGUCAGAAAGGCAGGCCAGGAAGCACUGCUGAUUCUGCUGGAACAAGAUCUUGUGGCUCAGAGUGACAUUGAAAAUAAGGUGUGUCCAAUUCUGCUGGACCUCUCUGCUCCUGACAGUGAUGAUGAGUACAAGGUGGAAGCUGUCAAUAUAAUCUGUAAAAUGGCUUCCAUGUUGAGCAGAACAACAGUUGAGCACAUGCUGCUUCCUCGUUUCUGUGAGCUGUGCAGUGAUGGGAAAUUGUUUCAAGUCCGAAAGAUUUGUGCAGCUAAUUUUGGUGACAUUUGUAAUGCAGUUGGGCAAGAAGCCACUGAAAGACUGCUGAUUCCCAAGUUCUUUGAGCUGUGUUCUGAUAGCGUGUGGGGAAUGAGGAAGGCUUGUGCUGAAUGCUUUAUGGCCGUGUCUUACACCACGUCCCCGGAAGUUCGCAGGAGCAAACUGUCCCCACUGUUCAUCAGCCUGAUCAGUGACACCUGCAGAUGGGUUCGUCAGGCUGCUUUUCAGUCUCUUGGCCCAUUUAUUUCUACCUUUGCAAACCCUUCAAGUGCUGGUCUUUACAUUCGAGAGGAUGGGACACUGAGUAUCCGACCACCAGCACAAGAUGUGAAUUCCAAUCCCUGUCAGCCAAGCAACAAUAUCACUGUGAUGUCUUCCAGUGCAAAUGCUGCAUUGUCUGGCUCAGAACAACCAAUGGAAAUCAAACCAGAAUCAUCGACUGAGGAGACUUCAGCAGAAGUUCAUACAAAGCUCUCUGAGGACCUAAAUAAAAAUUCAUGGGAAGAAAGUUCAGAUUGUUGUGCCAGCCCUGGAGAAGAUAUGUCUGGCUUGUGUCAGGGUGACAAAACUGCUGCUGGUGCCACUGAAGGCACGAAGGAGAGCAGUUUUCCGGGGCUGAGCUCGGGGCUGCCGCCUGCCGAGGACGUGUUUAACACAUUCCUGUACUGGCGCCCUCCUCUGCCCGACAUAAGUCAGGACCUGGAGCUGCUGCAGUUCAAGGCUGAGAAGCACAACGAUGCCUGCUCUGUGCCAUGUAAUAACUGUGUCGCUAGCAAUGAAAUAAAAAAGGUUCUAGAAAGCUUACAGGAGCACAUAGAUGAUCCAGAUGUUCAAGCUCAGGUCCAAGUGUUGUCUGCUGCUCUCAGAGCUGCUCAGUUUGAUUCUGUUGGUGACUGUGACACCAAAAAAGUGGAAGAAAGUGGUGACAAUCUUCAGAACAAAAUGAUUUUGGAUGAAACAGUGGUUUCAGAUGCUGCCUGCAACCAGGUGCAGGGGGACACUCUUUCAUCCCCUGCCUCCCAGAAAGACAUCAGUGACCAGUCAAGCACCAGUGUGCUGAAAAGCACAGACUCAGAGGAACAACACAGAGGAACCAGUGUCUUUUUGAAGAAAGAGCAAGAAAAUAAUCCACCAUUUGAAGAUGACAAGUCAAAAUUACAGGACAUCAUCCCUCAGCCUUUACUGGACCAGUACCUGUCCAUGACAGACCCUGCUCGAGCCCAGACUGUUGACACUGAGAUUGCCAAGCACUGUGCCUACAGCCUGCCUGGGGUGGCCCUGACACUGGGCAGGCAGAACUGGCAUUGCCUCAAGGACACCUAUGAGACAUUGGCUUCAGAUGUACAGUGGAAGGUGCGGCGCACUCUGGCUUUCUCCAUCCACGAGCUGGCUGUGAUCCUGGGGGAUCAGUUAACAGCUGCUGAUCUGGUGCCAAUUUUCAAUGGCUUCUUGAAAGACCUGGAUGAAGUGCGUAUUGGUGUCCUCAAACAUCUCUAUGACUUUCUGAAGCUACUUCAUGCAGACAAAAGGCGAGAGUAUCUUUACCAGCUGCAAGAAUUUGUGGUGACUGAUAACAGCAGGAACUGGAGGUUUCGUUACGAGCUGGCAGAGCAGCUGAUCCUGAUCCUGGAGCUCUACAAUCCCAAUGAUGUCUAUGACUACUUAAGGCACAUUGCACUAACUCUGUGCUCCGAUAAAGUUUCAGAAGUUCGGUGGAUCUCCUUCAAACUGGUUGUAGCAAUACUACAGAAGUUCUAUGCAAACAGUGCCAGUGCCCUGGGAUUGAAUUUCAUCAAUGAGCUCGUGGUGCGGUUUCGCCACUGCUCCAAGUGGGUUGGGAGACAAGCCUUUGCCUUCAUUUGUCAGGCUGUAGUAGAAGAGGAGUGCAUGCCUGUGGACCAGUUUGUUGAACACUUGCUCCCCAGCCUUCUAAGCCUUGCAUCAGAUCCUGUGCCAAACGUCAGGGUCCUGCUCGCCAAGGCUCUCAGGCAGACUUUGCUGGAGAAAGCUUAUUUUAAAAGUGUUGGCAAUCCUCAUCUAGAAGCUGCAGAAGAGACCAUUCUAGCCCUGCAGUCUGACAGAGAUCAAGAUGUGUCUUUCUUUGCCACCAUAAAACUGAAACAGGAUAACAUGGACAAUGUCACCAUUGAAAAACAAAACUAAGGAGUUGUUGUGCAAUGAAGGCUGAACAGCGGGAUGGUUUUUCACCUUGUUUCUCUUAGUGUGAGUAAUGAGGACAGAUAAGGUGGGUUUUGUUACCUAUUUGAGCAGGAAAGGGGGUGUUCAGAAAUGUUACAAUCUUCAUUUCACGACCUUGUUUCAUCUACAGCGGUGUGUUUGAUUCCUGUGAGUAAUUCCUUCCUUUUGGUUUUCCCUUUAUAAAUGGAGGUGAUAACUCUGACCUCACCUGCACUUCAGUAUUGUCUGUAAAGUCUCACACCACACUCUGUGUUUAAGCAUAAUUGGAAUUUACAUUUCAUUUUUUAACAAAAUAUUUCCGUUAGUACAAGUUUGCUAUACGCUUAAAAAGAUUGCUAAAUCUUAAAACCUGAUUAUAGCAAACUUUCCUGAAGCUGUUCUUUCUUCACUUUUAUUAUAAUCUUUGUACUGUUCCACCUACUGCAUUUAUUUGAAAAAAAAAAGUGUAUAUAUGUGAAUAGUUUUGAAUUGUAACAAAAAAUUAUGAAGAACUUAAUUCUGUAUCAGAGGGAAUAGCUCAAAAAUAAUUUCAUUUUUUAAAGCAGUUACACUGCUAGAAUUAAGCAUUGGUUGGUCAUUUUUAUGUGUGAUACUUUUCAAAGCACAGAAAGCUCAAGAUUUGUAUAUUGUGAGGUUUCUAUUAAUUUGUUCCUUCUGAGCUAUACCCUUACAUUGUUAAAAGAUCAUAAUAGCAACAUUUGUGAGUGCCCUUGCAGGUGUUCACAGGUCAGGUUUUGUUGCUGCUGCCUCUCCCAGGAGCAGGCAGUCUGGAGAGUUCCUAAGCGGAAAAUUCCUCCUUCUGCCCCAGCAAAGGUCACUUGAGUUGAGAGAUUCAGUUCUGCAACAGGAGCUGGAGCUGUACAAGGGUAUUACAGAGAGAUACAGGCUUGAGUCUGUUUGUUCUACACGCACACCUCAUUUAACAAACACCUUUUAACCUGCCCGGUAGUUAAACCCCAAACAGCUUUUCCUAAGAAACAAAGGAGCUCUAAAUUCUGCAAAGCCCCAGCGGGGAAAUGUUCUGGGGAAAGGUGGUGCCACAGUUUGCUCUGCAACUUCUGUGGGUUGUAGGGCAAGCUCUGGGGCAAACACCAAGUCAGACAUGUAAGGUGAAGUGGGAUGUCUCCUGUCUGUUGGAACAGGGCCUUGGAAGAAAGAGCAGAGUUGUGUUAGUCAAAUUGAGUAGCCUCAGAAAAAUUAUAAAGCUUAUACUUCUGCUGGACCCUGUCUUGUUUUGGAUCCCAAAUCUACAAUAAUGUGGGUCCUGGAAAAAAACAGCAUUUUUAUUGUGGAUUGAAACUUUGUCCAGCUCAAAAACUAAUGCUUAAAUACGAAAGAAAUGGUUUCGGGUGAUAACAGUUACUUUCUUUCUGAGAGCAGAGUCCUUUCUCCUCAGCAGACCUGUGUAAAUAUUCACCCUUAUUUCAUGUUCCAUAGUAAGUAGUUCACAUGGGGGAAGGUUUUCACAGAAAUACCUGUUUUGGUUUUGUUUGAAUGUGGCAAUACAGUGAGUAGGUUCCUCAGCUGGGUUCUGUAUUUUGGGAGGGCUCACUUUUGUAUGAGUUAACCAGUCAUGUAUUAUAAUAUGUACAGUAUUUGUAGCAAAUUGUUUUCUUGGAAGAUCACAAAAUGCUGUUUGGAAGCUGCAGGCAGAAAUACACCACUGCUAUUGCAGCAAACAGUGUAAACUCUGCAAUAUUCUACAUUUAAUUUUUUACAGUUUUUUUUAUAAUUUAAAACAAAUGCUUCUUCAGUACAGACUUUUUAUGAUUGCAAUUUCUUAACAAAAAGACCCCUCAAGUUAAUUUUUUCUAGUUCUAAUAUCUUUUUCUAAUGCUGGCAUUAUACUGAUGUUUUCUAACAGUUCAGAUUUUCUAAGGCCUUUCUGACAAGGUUUCACUUCUGUUUUUUUAUUAUCAGUUCAUUAAAUUUCUCAGCACUGAACAGAUUUUUUUAAGUGUGUGUAUAUGUAAGUAUGUUUGAAAUAUACUGUGUAUAAAUGAAAUACCCUGAACAUUAACCCAACCCAGGUUGCUGUUUGUCAGAUCACCUUCAAUAGUUACCUUGCCUUGCAAUAAUCCACUGGGAAACACAAGCUUCCAUAGGGUUUAGCAUGUUUGGUUAGUGUUCAGUAGGAGUUUUUAACUAGGAUCUGUGUAAAGGGUAAGCCACCAGCUAUAAAAGUUCACUAAAAGGCUGAACAAAGUUCUUUGUUUUUAAACAAUAUUUUGGUACCUCUCUGGCUCCCAGAUUCGGGUCGGUUUUGAACGAGGUAAUUUCAGUCGAGUGUUUAAAACCUCCUGUUACACCUCCACAGCUGCAUGUCCUAAUGGGGGCCAGCAUAGUUCUGGGAUGGGUUUUUUGUAGGCAAUGUGCAGGUCUGUUACCCAGAUUUACCCUCUGCAAGUUUGUCCUUUUGGUUUAGUUUUAAACUAGAAAUGAUUUCAGCAUGACUAAAAGGCUGCACUUUACGUCUUGUCUAGACAAAUGUAUGCAAUGAGUGUGUUCACGUGCAGUUCUCUGGGUUGUUUAAAUUAUGCAAAAAUAUGUAUUUAAAAAGCCAGGUGGAGCAAAGUUAGGUAGUCCAUCCACCUUCACAGCAGCAGUAAGGAUAUCACUUUUCAGCAUUUCUAGCUAAGGAACAUGACAAUAACAGUAGUUGGUGCAAUAUUGCUGGGAUGCUGUAGGGAAUGAGCCAGCACUUGUGAUCCAAAGCAUGUUGGUCAUGUUGUUUAGGUUUGAGCCUCACUUGUGGCCCUGGUGGGAUGAGCAUGUGGCAGCUGUGUCACUACACCAUGGUGUUUAGAGCCCAGUUAAGUGGGGACACUCUGGAAGUGUCACCCAUUUGUCAGAAUAAAGAAUCUAUGUAACUUUCUAUUUGUAUUUAUCUCAAUAAAUCCUGUGACUGUUUUAUAAACCAA